AUGGCGUUCAAUAUUCGCGAAAUAUCCAAUCUUUCAGGUACUCUCCUCAUAUUUGUCUUCCAUGCCCUCAAGGUUGAGCUCUCACUGCGACGAUAUCCAGAAGCGAAGCUCACCGAGUUGUCGGUCUUGGCUGCGGCUGCUUUCGAAGGUGAUGGAUUCUUGUUGGCAGCUGUUGGCAGCGACCCGACAUUGAACGUUUCUUAUCACCGCGCUCAGAUGAUUGCUGCCACCAUGGCUGGUAAAAUCGUCGUGGCGGAGGACGCUCAAGACGGGAGCGUCGUUGGUGUCGCGUUGUGGUUCCCACCUGGGAUCACUAUCGAGGAUCAAGAUAGGAUUGCGUUUCAGCCAUUUAUAACGAAGUGUCCCCCUUCAAUCCAGACUUGGUGGAAUGACCACUUUUUGGUGGAACACCCCAAGUCAUGCCAAAGAAUGUUUGGGCGAAAUUGGUUCAACAACGCUUGGCAACUUGAAUUACUGGCGAUUGCGCCAGGUCAUCAAGGCAAGGGCAUUGGAUCUGCCCUUAAGGAACAGAACGUUAGGUUUUAUCAGCGCCUUGGCUUCGUUCUCCGUGGUAAAUACGAGUUCAAUAGUAAUAGCGGAGGGUUUCCUUUGUUUUGCAUGACCGCCGCUCGAUAUACCCUCUGA